AUGAGGUACGCCCUCACGGAAGAUAGAGGCCUUCUUCUCAUCGAGACUCACCCGAAGAGCUUCAGAGGCCAUCGACUCUACGAACACUGGGUCGAAUCCAACCGCCUCAAAUACGUCUGUCUCCAGCUAUACGACGAAACCAAGGGCCUGGGUCUGAGACUGAACGACCUGGCUUUUCAGUCUGACCGGCAGAUCGCAGACUUCUAUACAUUCGUUACUACGUGCUCGGCGAGUCAGCAGCAAUGCAUUUGUCAAGUCACACUAUGCGACGAAUAUUCGAGUUCCUCGGGAUGGGUGAGCUCAUGGGUCAAGGGAGUCGAGAUAUUGGCGCCAUAUGUCGCCUGGUAUCCCGGCAUCAAUUUUCACUUAUACGUCGGCUCUCUCGGCGAAAUCGAAUCCGCCGAUAUGUGGCUUAUGAAGGCUGCCGGCCUCCUGUACGCCAGACACAUGCACGAGAACCAUGCUGUUCUCUCUCCGUUCAUGCGCCGGAUGGCCGUUCGUCUUGGCUCUGAUCGAGAGGAGCCAAUCCCGAGUCAUAUCCGCAUAUUUCCUGGUACAGGGCCUGGUGACCUUGCGCCACCUAUCUUCAGUGAGGAAGACAUACAGAGACAUGGCGUGGCGCAGAUCGAGCUCUGCAUCAAAGAGAUCGAAAAGUGGCAGCGCGAGGGUGUCUAG